AUGAUUGGAAGCAUGUUUCUGAGCCCCUAUUCCUACAGUUUGGGGGCGAGAUGCGGGGCAGAGGUCAUUGGCACCAUGCUCGCGCUCUUCCUGGGAGAUGCGGCUGUGGCAAAUGAGCUGCUAGCCAAGACCAAGGGAAAUGGAUAUGGCUGGGGAUUCUUGGCCAUAGGUUUCGGUCUAGCAUUCGGAUUUCCUACCAUGAUGUUCGGGCACAUCUCCGCUUUCCUCAACCCAGCGGCCUGUCUGUUCCAGUGGGUGGCGGGGAACCUCUCAGUCACCGAGUUCCUGGCGCUGUCCUUCAGUGAGCUGGCGGGCGCCUUCCUGGGCGCCAUCCUCCUGUGGCUCAUCUACCUGCCCCACUUCAACGUCGUCCCCGAGCCGCCCUCCGUCACCGAGGCCGACCCCUUCCUCGCCGACCCUUUGCUUGGUGGGGGCGCCAACCGCACCUUCUCCCCAUCCGACCUGGCGGUGGGGGGCUAUAACAACGACCCCAAGGACCAGCACCGCCGUGUGCGCCCCGGCGAGGCCAUCCAGGGGACCAUGCGGGAGAUCGGGACGGUGCUGGGGCUGGUGCACAGCAACAUCAAGGCGCAGCGGGCCGAGCUCCUGAAGGCAAGGGCCGGGUGCAUUUCGCUCCGCUGCGCAACGGUGACCAACAAGGAGGAGAUUCAGCGGCGGCUGGACCUGCUGGAGGAGCGCUCACGCACGCUCAGCGAGCACGAGCAGCGCACGCGGCAGGUGGAAGACACCCUGGAGUCGGUGAUGGGACGCGAGGGUGAGGCGCCGCGCCACGACGACGGCCAGGGGCUGGCUUGCACCGCCGGCGAGGAGGACGAGGAAUGCGUGGGGUGCCUGGAGCUGCCGCGGCCGCCGGCGCAGCUACGCUACGAGGCACUGCUGAUCGCCGACCAGAACACGAAGCUGGGCAUCUUUGCCACGCGCCCCGCCAUCUACGCGCCCCACUGGAACUUCCUCUGCGAGUUCAUGGGGACGAUCACCCUGCUGGUCAUGGCCAACAUGAUCGCUGCGCGCGGAAACCAGCUGUACGAGCCGUCCAGAGGGCUGUUUGAUGCGCAGUUUGGGUUCACCCUCGCCUUUUUCAUCUUCCUCAUCGUGCUGGUGCUGGGAGGGCCCACGGGAGUCGCCAUCAACCCCGCCCGCGACUUGGGCCCCCGCAUCGCCCACUGGAUGCUGCCCAUCCCGGGCAAGGGCCCCAGCGAGUUCCUGACCUACGGCUGGAUCCCCGUCGUCGCGUCGCUGGCGGGGGGCGCCGCGGCAGGGGGCCUCUUCCUCGCCCUGCAGAAGUUCACGACCAUGACAGACGUGCCCGCCGGCUCGGUGGUCUGCCCAAACACCUGA